UCGACCCACUCUGCUGACUAACCUUUCCACAGGCAAGUCGUGCAAGAAACCUGCAGUCCAGGAGGAGGAUAGAAAGUACUUUCAUGUGUACAUACACAGAGUAUAUUUAAGGGGAAACAACUCGUGCCUGGAGAGGAGACAGGAUCAAGAUGACCUCUUGUGGCUCCCUCAGUCAAAACACACAUACAGCACACUGCAUUCCUCUAAGCUGCCAAACCACAACCUGCAUUGAUUCACAAAGAUGAACCAAAAUGGAAUGGAUACAAGAAUUGGAUGAAAGCUAAAAAUAUCAAGAAGGAACUAUUAUCGAAAACCUUCCCUUUAUUUUUGCUUAAAACUGAACGGCAGAUAGAUUACUAUAUUACCCAGCUUCUCCCUCAAAGCUCUGAAGCACCGACUGGCCACUUUCACCCAAAGGUCAGAGUUAAAUAUUUGUUUGAAUAUUAAUUAUUGUAAUCAUCAACCCCCUGUGACCUAGUUAAGAAAGUGCAAAGAUCACUUCACCCUUGAAACUGAAAUUACUUAGGUGUCAACUCAGCUGACAUAUUCAAACAUGGCCACGACUGGUGCCAUGGAAGUGGCAGACAUCAGUGUUGUAAUGCUCUACUUCAUCCUGGUGCUAGCGAUUGGGUUCUUGGCGAUGUGGAAAUCCAAUCGCAGCACAGUGAGUGGAUACUUCCUUGCUGGUCGCUCCAUGAACUGGGCAGCUAUAGGGGCCUCCCUAUUCGUCAGCAACAUAGGAAGUGAGCAUUUUAUUGGACUUGCAGGAUCUGGAGCUGCGACUGGUUUGAGUGUAGCUGCGUGGGAACUGAAUGCCCUGCUAUUGCUCCAGCUGUUAGGUUGGAUUUUCAUCCCUGUCUAUAUUCAGUCAGGAGUCUACACCAUGCCAGAGUACCUGUCCAAACGGUUCGGAGGGAGACGGCUGAAGGUGUAUUUUGCAGUGUUAUUGCUUAUCCUCUACAUCUUCACCAAGUUGUCAGUGAACCUCUAUGCCGGAGCUUUGUUUAUCCAGGAAUCAUUUGGGUGGAACUUGUAUUUGUCUAUCACCCUGCUUAUCGCCAUGACUGCUUUGCUGACAGUCACUGGAGGUCUGGUUGCUGUCAUCUACACGGACAUAGUCCAGGCGUUCCUCAUGAUUGCGGGAGCUCUCUGUCUUACAGGCAUCAGCCUCGUCAAAGUGGGAGGACUUGAAGGGUUAAGGGUCAAGUACAUGGAAGCCUCGCCAAACAUCUCAGCCAUCUUGAUGGCUUCACCUAACCUGACAUUUUCUGAAUCCUGCUACCACCACCUCAACCCAAGGCCAGAUGCACUGAAGAUCUUUCGAGGACCAAAAGAUCCAGACCUGCCUUGGCCGGGUUUUUUGCUGGGCCAGACACCUGCCUCUAUUUGGUACUGGUGUGCAGAUCAAGUGAUUGUGCAACGGGUUCUGGCGGCAAAGAACAUUGCCCAUGCCAAAGGUUCUACGAUCAUGGCUGGCUUCCUGAAAAUCCUGCCCAUGUUUGUUAUCGUCAUCCCAGGGAUGAUUGCCCGGGUCUUUUUCACUGAUGAGUUGGUGUGUAUCAGUCCUGAACACUGUCUGGAAGUGUGUGGUUCAGCAGCUGGCUGUAGCAACGUGGCUUACCCGCGGCUUGUCAUGUCAGUGAUGCCUGUUGGCCUCCGAGGUCUGAUGAUGGCAGUCAUGAUUGCAGCUCUCAUGAGUGACCUGGACUCCAUCUUCAACUCAGCAAGCACCAUCUUUACACUGGAUAUUUACAAGAUGCUACGGAAGGAAAUAUCGUCUAGAGAGCUGGUGAUAGUCGGCAGACUGUUUGUGGUUUUUAUGGUGAUAAUAAGCAUUGCAUGGGUGCCAGUCAUUAUUGAAAUGCAGGGAGGACAGAUGUUCUAUUACAUCCAAGAAGUAUCCGAUUAUCUGACUCCACCCAUCGCUGCUCUUUUCUUGCUCGGAGUCCUGUGGCAUCGAUGCAAUGAGAUGGGUGCUUUUUGGGGUGGGAUAAUAGGCUUUAUACUUGGAGCCGUGCGUCUGGUGCUAGCAUUUGUUUACCGUGAACCUCACUGUGACCAACCGGAUGAGCGCCCGUCUUUCAUCAAAGACAUCCAUUUCAUGUAUGUGGCGGCCAUCUUGUUCUGGGUAUCCGCUUUAGUGACCAUUGUUGUGAGUCUCUGCACUCCACCCCCCACAAAAGAACAAAUCGCAACAACUACUCUGUGGGGUUUAAACAAGAGAAAGAAGUUAAAACUGCAAGAAAAAGAAAAUGCUGAGGAGAGCAUAAAUUCUCUGAAGCCCCUUAACAAUGGAAACACUGAGCUUGGUAAAGGAGAGUACAGCGACCACCUCAAUGGCAUUGACAAUUGUGAAAAUGGUCAACCAAGCAAUGGCCAUGCUAUUACAGUCACUAACCUUGAACCCCACCAUCCAGUCCAGAAAAGUUGCUAUACAAUGACUACUGACCGCAAAAUGUUAGAGGAAGCAGAUGGAGGGGGUGUGAGGCAUGGGGAGGAGGGCUGCUUUGAAGGAGGGGGGACACACAGCCGGAGGUGCAUAAGGGUGCUAGAGUGGGUGUGUGGCUUCAGGGAGAAACCAUCCAAGGAUCAGGUCAUUAUAGCUCAGGAACAGGAAAUGACCGCUGAUGAGCUUCUCCAAGAACCUCCCCAAACCAGAAUCAUCCUGACCAUAGGAAUGGUCGUGAUUUGCUCCAUUGGCAUGUUCCUCUUCGUCUAUUUUUCUAUAUAGACCCCCCAAUUAAACCUGAGCAUCCACACUUCUAUGAGUUCGUUCUUGAACGGCUUGCCUUGAAUGACCAAAAUUGGAAUUUACCAAACCAAAGGUGCUCAUGAGUACAGCACUGAAAACUGUUCAACCUGAGAUUUUUACAUAGACAACAUAGACAUUCUAUAUUGUAUAUGUUGACUUCACAACAUAGUGUUUGGUUUAGUUUAGGGUUAGGGUUACUUCACAACACAUUUACGGGAGACUUAUAUUCAUGGCAGAAGUAUCAACUGAAUUGCUUUACAUUCAGUGUCAAAUGCUGCACCCUGUUAGGGUGGAGUCUUCCAGAUAACUACAUUAAAUUACAUCCCUUAUUUUGAAUAAAAAAUAGCAAAUACUCUCAUUUGUUAAGCCAAUACACAAAAAUAAGAUUUGAACAUAUGCACUAAUGUACAUUUUACUCAGAAUGACUGGAUAAAAUGUAUAUUUGUUGUUAUGGAAUAAGAUUUCUAUCACUCAAAUUUGACUUGUACUGUAUUUGUGCUGUAUUUGUUUUUUUAAUCGCAUUAAAUUUCAUAAAACUCAGCAGGUUUGAAUUAGCAGUAGCACAUGUGUUAGCAUGUUGUAUACUAUGACUAAAUGAAUGGUUUUACAUGUAAAGAACAUUUACGAUGAGUCUAUGUGUUUGUGUAUGACACUAACAAUAUAACAAUAUAUGACACUGAAUUAAUUGAUGUUUACUGUUACAUGCAGUAGGCUGGUUUUCUGUUGUAUACAUAAUAACAUGUUUUUUAAUUUGUCCCAAUGGGGAUCUCUUUUGUAAUUCCGCUGUGAAAAUGUCAUAGUAACACUUAUUUUAAUACCUUCUUAUUGGUACACAUACUCAUGAACCACACUGUAUGCAAAUCCAAUUUGCUGAGUUUGUGGUUUGUACUACUCUUUAAAACUUAAAAGCUGUCUUCUACUCAGAUGUUAUUUUUAUUAAUGUAAAUGUGAAUUUUGAUGUAUUCAUUUAUGAGAAAUGUUUUCACGUUGUGGCUGAUAGUGAAGCCUUGAAUUCCUAAGGUGUACACAUUUGACUGUAGCGCAAUCUUAAACCAUACUUUUUUGCACAAUUAAAACAAGGAUGGAUUUACUGUG